GCUUUGGGAGUCGGAUCACCGCACAAAAAUGACGACAAUCAUAUUCAUAGGAAAACGUAAACGGCAACAGGUAACAAGUUCUUUCGAACAGAUACGGAAAAGAACGCACUAACAUCAAGCUGGUAUAUAAAUCCAUAAGAAGCCGUGGAACAGAUUAUGUAAAUUAUUUACACAGGAUCUUUCCACCUACUAUUAACUAUUAACGAUAACACUAUCAUCAUCAUCAAUGGCAUCGUCCAAGAGACCUCUCCAGUGUUUGUUUAACAGAGUUUGCAGGGAGACUAGGAGAAGUUAUGGUGCUCUUCCUGAAGGAACCACUUCUUUCUUUUCUCAACAACUCAUCAGCUUGGAGUAUGAAUUCAGCGCCCACAAUUACCAUCCAGUUCCUAUUGUGUUUUCUCAAGCAAAGGGUUCCUCUAUAUGGGAUCCUGAAGGCAACAAAUAUCUAGAUUUCCUUUCCGCUUACUCUGCAGUUAAUCAGGGACAUUGUCAUCCAAAGAUAAUGAAAGCGUUACAAGACCAGGCAGAGAAACUUACUCUGAGCUCUAGAGCCUUCUAUAAUGAUAGAUUUCCAAUGUUUGCAGAGCGCCUAACAAGCAUGUUUGGCUAUGAUAUGGUACUACCAAUGAACACUGGUGCUGAGGGUGUGGAAACUGCUCUCAAGUUGGCUAGGAAGUGGGGAUAUGAGGAGAAAAAAAUUCCCAAGGAUGAGGCUAUUAUUGUCUCUUGUUGUGGCUGCUUCCAUGGCCGUACAUUGGCUGUUAUCUCUAUGAGUUGUGACAAUGAGGCAACUCGGGGGUUUGGACCAUUGUUACCUGGACAUCUCAAGGUUGAUUUUGGUGAUGAAGUUGCCCUAGAGAAAAUCUUCAAAGAAAAAGGAGGUCAAAUAGCUGGAUUUCUUUUUGAACCCAUUCAAGGAGAGGCAGGGGUUAUAAUUCCCCCGGAUGGUUAUCUAAAAGCUGUAAGAGAUCUUUGUUCAAAAUAUAAUGUUCUAAUGAUUGCUGAUGAAAUUCAAAGUGGCUUAGCACGUACAGGAAAAAUGCUGGCUUGUGAUUGGGAACAAGUUCGCCCUGAUGUAGUAAUACUAGGAAAAGCAUUGGGUGGUGGAGUAAUACCUGUAAGCGCGGUCCUGGCAGACAAAGGUGUAAUGCUUUGUAUUCGACCAGGAGAGCAUGGAAGCACAUUUGGGGGAAAUCCUUUGGCCAGUGCAGUUGCCAUUGCCUCACUAGAUGUGAUCAAAUAUGAGCAGCUGGCAGAAAGAUCUGCCAAUUUGGGUGAGGAAUUCAGGCAUCAGCUACUUAAGGUUCAGCAGCAGUUUCCAGACUACGUUAAGGAAGUUCGAGGAAGAGGUUUGUUCAAUGCUGUGGAGUUCAACAGCAAGACUUUGUCCCCCAUUUCUGCUUAUGAUAUUUGUCUGAAGUUGAAGGAAAGAGGAGUUCUUGCUAAGCCCACACAUGAUACCAUUGUCCGGUUAACUCCUCCACUCUCCAUAAGUUUGGAUGAACUUCAAGAAGGCUCAAAGGCGCUGCAUGAAGUUCUGGAGCUUGAUUUACCAAACAUGCAGAAAGCCAAACCAGAAAAGGCUUCCCCGCCUGGUUCUACAACAUGUGACCGUUGUGGGAGAGAUUUGUAUGCUGCUUCAGAUUAAGGUUUUAUGAAUAACAAUGUGCAUGUUUCAAGGAGAUUACGUACACUAUUUUUCUCUAAUAUCCCAGCAAACUCUGAAAUAAUUAUUAGUUCAUUUCCUGUAUAAUUUAAAAUGAAAAUUGAGAUUUCUAUCUUAAUGUGGAUGACACAUUUUUUUUACUUUUAUUAUGCUGCAAUAGGAGGAAUAAUAACAAAAGCAGUAGCAUUUAUCUCUCUCA